AGCUGUUCACUUGCUGCCAGAUCUACUCCACCCUCUGUGACACACUGCAGUUCUUGGCCUCCUGGGCUGGGUGGACCUAGAAGAGAAGCGUGUCUGGCUUUGACUCUGCAGAGAACUCAGAUGAUUCAUAAAGGCAGAUGAAGACGAUGUUGUCCUUGGAACGUGGAGCCCUAGUCCUCAUCCAGCUGUCACUAAAGUACCUGUUCCUGGAGGAGUUGCUGGUCACCUGUGCAGAAACCCAUACUCUGCACUAUGACCUCACAAUCUGGUCUCAGGAGGGGUCAAGGACGUUCGAAUUCAGGACCCAGGGAUACAUUGACAAUGAGCUCUUCCUGAGCUAUGAUGGCUACAGGAAAACAGCAGAGCUUUGGGGGCCUAGAAUCAAGGGACAAAGAGGAGCUGAGAUGUGGACAAGAGAGACUGAGGACAUGCAGGAGAAGGAGGAGCAACUCAGGAGGAUGCUGAGUGAGGUCAUGACCCAGAAGGGCCAGCAUGGAGGCAUUCACACCCUUCAGGAAACUUUUGGCUGUGAAACCCAAGGAAACAACACUGGAGGCUUCUGGCGCUUGGGCUAUGAUGGCCAAGACUUCCUCACCUUUGACCAGAAGAUCCAAACGUGGAAAGCAUCUGUGCCUUCAACACACACAUCCAAGACAUUCUGGGAGAGGCAUGGCCCCAGUAUGGAACAAGUUAAGACUUUUCUGAAUGACAUAUGUCCUAACAGUCUCCAGAGAUAUUCGAUUUAUUUAGAGAACCAAUUGAUGGAUACAGGUCCCCCACAGGUGACAGUCUCCAGAAGACAAUACCCAGUGGGCAGGAUCACCCUGACAUGCUGGGCUUUUAAUCUGUAUCCUCAUGAGGCUACCUUGGCCUGGCUUCAGCAUGGGAAGCCAGUACAGCAGCAUACCUUUGGGCCUGGGACCUUCUUGCCCAGUGGGGAUGGGACCUACCAGACCUGGGUGUCUAUUUGGGUUCUUCCUGGACAGGAACCACACUUCACCUGCCGCCUGAGAUAUCAUAGCAAGACCAUUGAUGUCCCUACUGCCCUUGGACCUCAAACCAGGAAAACCGGUGGAACCACCAGCUCAGCUUCUGCUCUUGUGGCUUCUGCUUUUCCUGCCAUGUUGGUAUUUCUAGCCCGGGCCUAGAGCAGCAAGAACACACAGGACAGCAAGAGACCAGGUUACCCCAUUGGGUGAACAUUUCCCAGUAUGCAGUGAGAGUCAGGUGACCUGGUUUGAGAGUGGGAUUCCCCCUUGGGUGGUGUGCUCCAGGGCUCUAGAGAACUCUGUGCCUCUGAGUGAACAACCUGAGGUACUGGUCAACUGGUCAACUUGUCCUGAAGAUGCCCAUGGGAUCUGGAUGAAGAUGACUUUCUAGGACACUUGCAUUGCCCACAACCUGUUAUAGUGUCUCUUAAAGGACAGGUUCAGCGAGACUUUUGGUUGUUAGCCACAAUCCCAGGCAAUGUGAGCGUUUAUGGGACAUAUGGAGAAAAUGAGAAAUUAUGACAUGGACAUCAAUUUUUAAUUGGACUCACUGCCUGUGUUAAACCUUCAUGUAUGUUACUGACUGGGGCUUCCACUUUUUAAGAGGGUGGUGGACACUUCAAAAUGACUUCCAUCAAUUGUAUGUCAUUUAAUUAUGUGAACUCCCUCUACUCAUAAGGGCCUGUCUUGCGCCCCCAGCCUUUCUUAUGGCUCCUGUGCAGCUUAAUGAGACACCAUGCGAUUUUGAACAAGGAAUUCUCUGGGAACUACAACAUGCUCUUUCUACAAAAAAGAAGGUUUUUAGAUCAUAUCUCAACUAACAGUUCUGCAGUAGUCACUGCUAUAACUUCAGCAGCUGCGUCCACAGUGGCCCUGACCCAGCAAGGGCACACUGCCCAUUUUGUUAAUCGCCUGCUUUAAUACUUCUCUGGCUUUGGCAACACAAGAAUGUAUAGAUACACACAUGAAAGCUUCAUUACACACUUUAGAAGCUGAGGUAUUGCACCUAGGAGAUACAGUACAAGCAACGUCAUGGUGGCACAUACUUUAAUCCCAGGAUUUUAGAUCUUAGGUUUUGCUGGGGAAAGAUACAUGCCUUUAAUCCCAGGAAGUGAUGGC